AUGUGUAUCCAGACCAAGCCUAACUGCAACCACUGCGGGACGCAGGCGAAACCAGACGACUUCACUUAUUGUAAUGCAUAUCAGCGGAGGUGCGACCAAGCCAGCAUCAGAGUAAUGGAACGGGUUUUGUGCCAAGUUGAGCUCGUGGGGUUCUCAUGCGGCAAUCCAAAAUGUACUCUGAGCUCCAUCUACUUGGAGAGUUCCAAGCAUCAAUACCAGGAUCAGUUUACACGUGUUCAGCAAGAGCAGCAGCAGCGUCAACAUCCAUCGAACAACAAUUUUGCCGGAUCUGCGCCCUUGGCUUUGGACAGUGCCCAUCCCUCAUCCAACUCGUCCGCCGCGACACAGUCUGUCACUCCCAACUUCUUUUUCCAGAACAUUUUUCGCAGAUAG